AUGCCAAACAGUCUUGUCCCUCGUUUAGCACAGACAGAGUGUGGGGAAGAAGACAACCCUGGGUGGGGGGAUGAAAUUGAGAUAGAGUCCAAGGCAUUACGAGUCGGAAAGGCUAUUGCUGUUGUCAGCGUGGAGCUGAGGAAGAAAAAGACGGGGAAAAUAAUUGCUCAAGGGCGUCAUAUAAAGUAUUUACCUGUUUCUAGUAAGCUGUGA